AUGUCGUUUAGUCAGUUUCACAAUCCAAGUACGCUUAGGGGGGAUUCCUGGGAUUCAGGACUUCGUGACACGGAUGGAUCAAUUAUGUACGAGACUGAAGAUCAAACCCUCCGGGAAGAGAUAAUCCGUCGUAAUGAUGUUGAAACACUGAAGCAAUACAUUGGGCAACAUCCGAAAACUGGGCUGGAACCAGAACCAGCGUAUUAUCGCCUUGACGUGUUUUUUGUGGCUACGCAGGAUGGAUGUAUUGACGCUCUCCGCGUGCUGCUGGCUUAUUACCAUGCCAACUUGGAUAAAGCAGUACCACUUGAGAGACGAGAUAUUGUUUUGUUAAAUGUUGCCUGCAAGUAUUCGCAGCUAGAAACAGUACAGUUUCUACUGGACAGUCAGCCUCCGUUGGGGAACAUUCACGACAAAGGCCCCGGGGGUGAAACAGCCAUCCUGAGCGCGGCAGAGUCUUUUACAUGGCCGGGAGAGGUGACCAGCGACCGGAUUAAAGAGUGCCUAGUCCGAAGCGAAGAAUUGAUGUAUAUGCUUCUCGAUAAGGGUGCCUCAGUCAACGAUGUCACUAUGGUCCAGAACGAAUAUAACGCUCAUCUCCCACCGCAACCGUGCGACACUGUUCUCAGCCUGGCCAUUUCUAGAGCUAGCUACACGCUAGUGAAACGUCUCAUUGAACAAGGAGCCAAUGUUCAUGCCAAACAGGAGCAUGCGGACAGUAGAUUUGGGUUUGAUGUUGAUCUCCGGGAUGUCACCGCACUUCACUAUGGAAGCAUCUACUGGAAUAUAGAGGGGGUCCGGGCGUUGCUGGAUCAUCCGGGUAAUGCCAAAAUUGCAGACAUGGUAUCGGUUCGUGAUACUAUAGGCGAUGAUACGCGGGAACAAGAGAGACAUUUCAGAGAAGACGAAAUCCUCCCUAGGUAUAUUGGUAUCCUCAAAAUAUUAUUGACUGCCAAUCCGAGCACUAUCAAUAUGCAGGAUAACCAAGGGUCCACAGCCUUGCACUAUGAUAUUAUCCAAUUCCUAUGUGAGAAUGGUGCCGAUGCGAGUAUAUCAAACUAUGAAGGGCAAACAGCGUUACAUUUAUUAGCUCUAUGCUCUCGAGACUGUGAUCCAAUUGACACAGCUACCGAUAAAUCCGGUGCCACGGCUCUCCACACGAUGUCAAUGUGUUUACGACAGAUUCCGAUACUACAGCAUCUUCUUAAACUCGGGGCGGACGCAACGAUUCAAGACUCAGAAGGAGAUACGCCUCUUCAUAAACUUAUGAGACGUCCGUACUUAAGGACGAAGAAUGUGACACUGGCUCAAAGGAUGGCAGCGCUGGACAAGAUCACGGUAGCCCUACAGGAAGCUGGCAAGGUUAAUAUGAUGAACCAGCCAAACGCUGCAGGGCAAACACCUCAACAACUACGUGCGAAAAUAGUGGCCAUGUGGCAGAAAGCGGAAGAGCAUAGAAUUGAACGAGACGCUAGAGGGGUUCAAGGUUAUGGCCACUGA